AUGGAGGUGAAGCUGGAGGUGAUGGAGGUGAAGCAGGAGGUGAUGGAGGUGAAGCAGGAGGUGAUGGAGGUGAAGCUGGAGGUGAUGGAGGUGAAGCAGGUGGUGAUGGAGGUGAAGCUGGAGGUGAUGGAGGUGAAGCAGGAGGUGAUGGAGGUGAAGCUGGAGGUGAUGGAGGUGAAGCAGGAGGUGAUGGAGGUGAAGCAGGAGGUGAUGGAGGUGAAGCAGGAGAUGAUGGAGGCCAAGUUGCGCACGUCUCCGUUCAAAUCGUUCAUAGAAUAUUAUGAAAAUUCUGUCUCAUACGUUCCACAACUCCAGUAUGACAGAAAAUAUCUUCAUAUGCCAUGA